UUGAUAACGUCUCCAACUCAAGAAUAAAACAAUAAUAUAUUAUCAACGUUGAGUGGGAUAAUCGGACUAGGAUCGGACUUAAGUGAACAUUGAGAUUUUGUGAGAAACAACAAGUAUCACAUGGAAAAUGGGAUCCACUGUCCUCAAAAAAACAAUGGAUUGGCGCCCGGUUUUGAUCGAACCCAACCUCCAACUCGCGUCAGAGUUAAUGGACGACGAAUUGAAACAGAAAUAUUAUGAUCAGAAUGAAGAAACUAAUUUAUCUUUGGAAAAUUUUACUCAUCAACUAGAAGAUGUUUUUCUAUUCUGUCACAAACUAGCAGAAGAAAGAAAUAGGUAUUAUGUGCUUGCGGAACGAUGCAUGAAGUACCACUGUAAGAGCCAUCAACAAAAACAAGAUAGGCAUGGUAAGUCUGAAGUGAUCCCAACCAAUGUAACAAGUAAUCUUGAAGUCACACCACCUAGAAACUAUGCUGUUGAUAAAAAAGCUGGUGAUAAUGUUGGCGUGAAAAAUUUUUUUGCUCAAAAAGAAGAUAUUUGUGACAUUGUUCCAAUAUACACUGAAGACUUUAACUCAGAUGUUGAAGAAGGUAGUUUUAAUGAACAUAAAUCCCCGCCUAGACCUGCAGCAAACAAUUCAAACAAGUUACACAAAAGUCCAAUUUUGAGUAAAUCUCGAAGGUGCAGUUCAAAGAAAAAUAAUAAUGAUUUAUCAGUAUCAAAUACGUCCAUCACUUCAAGCAAUGAUGGCAAAAUUAGUUGUCCAAAUACCCCAAUUAAUCUGGAAAAGAGUGGUGGUAAUAAAAUAGAUGAUGAUAAGUUUGACAGAGAGCCUUUACAUGAAAUUGAAAACAAUGUAUGUACUACACCAAAAAGACAAAACAAAAAUGAUAUAAUAUUAGGCCUUUCAAAAAUUAAUUAUGGCAAAACUGAAUUCACCGAAAAAUGUAAAAAGCUGAGACAAUCCAAGUUGACUUUGAGAAAAAUAAUUCCAGUGAUAGACAUCAGUAAAAAUGAUGCAGAUGAAAAUAAGAAUAGUCAAAGUAAAGAGUGCAAUAGUAGUUGGAGUGAAACAUUUUUUAAUAAUGAUAAUGCAAGUAAGAGUAAUGAUAACAAAAAAGAAACUAAUUUUAAAAUAAAUGUAAGCAGUACUUGUGUUAAUAAGGAACCUGCAUUAAAAGAUGAUUCAGCGAGUUGGAUAGCUAAAAGUAAUGUAACAAAUAAAAGUGCAUGUGAAGAUGAAUUGGUAGAAAAAAGUCCGUCUCACAGUGAAACAUCAAAAUUGAGAAAUAAGCUCAGUAUGAAAAUGCCUGAUACUAACAAGUCAAAACCAAGACAUACCACUGAAAGCAGUGAUAACGUGAAAAACUUAAAAAAUUCUAAACUUUUGACAAAUGAAUGUAAAACUAAUACAACCAAUCAACGUCGGCACGAUUCAAAAAACAACUAUAAUGUAUUUUCCAAACCAACUACUUCCAAUCAAGCUAAUGAACUUGGUAGAAUAUUUAUGGGAGAAAAGAGAAAGUCAUUUGAAUGCGAAAAAACUCUCAGUGAUGAAACUUUCUUUUCACCUGCUGAAAUAACUGACCAUAGAAAUCGUAAUGCAGAUUUUCAGGAAAAUGUUACUGAUUUUGAAAAUAAAAAAAAAAGUGCAUCUCCACCAACAAAAAAAAUGCUCAUGUCCAACUUUGAUGUAGUACCCAAACGAAAAGACAAAAGUCCUAAAUUUGCUUAUAAAGAAGCACCUGUAAGAAAAAAAUCUGAAAGAGCUUUAUUACCAGGCUGGUCGUGUAGAGAUUGUGAAAAGUGGUAUGAUGAUUUACCAGAAAAUGAGAAGAGAAUACGUCAGAAUGAAUGCUCACGGCAUAGAGGGAAAUAUAAAGCGCAUAAUUUGACCCCAGAUAGUUUCUGGAAUCCUGAAUUUGAAGACGAUGGAUAUAAUUAUUCUUUUGAUUAAUAAUAUUAAUUUGUAGGUGUAUAAAGUACUUGCUGAUGGUAAAACA